GGAGCAAAAUAUGGUAUAGUGAGGUUAUAGUGUGAUUGAAAAAGUAGGAUGUAGUAGGAUAUAGCCAUUAUAGUGCCAUCUGUUCCAAUCCAUGUUUGAAGCAUACUGCCAUAUCUCCUCUAAGUUGUUAAAGGCAAGCUGAUGAAUGAGAUCUCUGUCUCUUACAGUGUGGAGGAAUGGUCUGGAGGUUGAUGGUUUGACUGGAAAAACCAGAUCCUUGCUCCUGCCUGUGCUGCCUGUGUGGAAAUAUGGAAAUAGUCCUGCACAGUUCCAAACCCCUUGUUCAAAGUUCAUGUCAUUCCAGUAUCUGUGGCUUAUUGAAGUGCUCCCCACUUGUAAAGUACGGUAUACAUUUAACCAGCCAACCAGAUGUUGAUGACCAUUUGAUGAAAUACGUUCUCAACUCACUUCAUAAAAGGGCCUACAGAAGCCAACAUGUUUAUCAGGUCUUGUUCUCUCUUUGCCAUUUUCAUAAAUUGUAUUUUCCUUUUGGCUACGCCACAUGGAACCAUCUAUAUCUGAUGCGUUACACACAUCAUCUUUCUCUGGUUACCUUCCCUGUCUAUACAAGUCAUCUGGGUCUUGGCUCUGAUGCACAGGAAUGUUGUGGCGGUUCAUACAGUAUUGAGUCAACUAAUGUAUGGUGCCAGUCAAAGCCCUGAUUUUGUGUGUGUUUUGUAUGUGUUGUCUGCCCCAGUUACUCCUCAAUCUGGCCCACGGGUUCACUUUGGGAGCAAUGAGCUGCAAUUUUAAGGAUUGCAUGAGGAAUAGCAGAUGAUGAACACGUUUGAGCUAAAUGCCAUUAAGGUUUUCAAUAAUAAUUACAAGGACAUGAAUCAUAGGACCAUCAGCAUUCCGAUGCUACUAGUUCAUAUAAUCUUUGAGCCACUGUACUGUGCCUUUACCUAACCUGAUCGACCACACAGAGUCGUCAAGGCAUCAACACUUAGCACAGUAAUGGGAAAGCCUGUCGUAUCCAGUCAUAGAGCGACUCCUGUCUCUACGACAGACAGCACUGCCAAGGGAUAGCCGCCCGUCGGUCACCUGAGAUUUCCUUCAACUUCAGCGUGGCUUGCAACCUGAGACCAGACCCAGGGAUUCUGUCAUCGUGGUCAUGGACCGCGACUCCCAGAGUGCCUCACUCAGCAGCAGCCAAUCACAACAAUAGAACACUAGUCUACCACAUAUAAUACUAGCAUUUUGUUUUAGUCUCCAUGGGGGAAGCAUGAAGAUUGAAUAUUAACUGUUGGACUGAAGUGGCCAUUGUCUCUAUGACGUCUCUAUGACAUCUUCUACUUUCCUGUAUAAUGUGCUAGCUGGUAAAGUGUUGUCUUUGCUCUGGUGUGGCUCAUGUGGGAUUUGACACCUGGGUCAGUGGAGGUGCUGUGGUGUUGCUUCUGUUUUGGCUGAGGCUCCCCUGGGGUCAGGCUGUAGAAGGGAUUGGACAGCUCUACCUUUGAGUGGACAGGACAGCUAUCUUAUAGCCUUGCCUGUGUGUCAGGGUGGGUGCUAAGAGGAUGCAAUCUGAUCUGAUCUGUAUGGAUAGAACAUGAGGCUGACAGAUGCAGUAGCCACUAGCAAUACAUGUUCCAUCCUGCACUCCUGUGGUGGCCUGGUUAGCUCCUAAGCCUAAGUGAUGGGCCUGGUUGGGAUUUGGAUGGUGGACCACCCAGGGAAAAUAUCUUUGCUACUGGAAGUGUUGUUGGGGAACUAGCAACGGAUUGCAAAGAUCGGUGUGGCACUGUGUUAGAUUAGGGACUUACACAGCAAAUGGGCCACUGUAUUUAUAGUGUUUAUACUGUUUAUUCAGGUGUUACAUUAACUAUGUUGGUGUUAAAUUAUUACUUAGUAGUCUAAAAUAAUCCCAGUGUUAAUAACCAGAGUUGAGUGUGAGAGUGUGAUUGUGUCAGUAUGACUCUGCGGAAAGUACAACAUUCUCAUCAAAAUCCUGCAGAGGUGGCACCACAGGUCCCAGAGCGGCCUUGUUUCAUCGCUGCAACUCCCAACGGGCUCAGGAGAGGCGAAUGUCGAGACAUGCAUCCUCCGAAACAUGACCUGCCAAGCCCCACUACUUCUUGAAGGUAACGGAGACUGCCCUCCCAGGAAGACAGAGAACUCUAGAAUGUUGGUGGACCUGUCGGCAAACACACCCAAUGGACAGCAGCUCCAGCAUCCUAAUUCACCCACUGAAAACACAAUCAAACAGGAAGAUGAGACCGAAGAUGAAGGGGACAGGAGGACCACAGCAGAGGACAUGGGCCAAAGCGGGGAAGAGGGAUGGGGUUUGGAGGAGCCCAUGAUUGACAGCCCAAACAACCUACAGGAUGGGGUCCCCGGGUCAGAAGGGUCAUGUGACCCAGGAACUCGGCUGCCCAAUGGUGAUAGGCCGUUCCAGUGUAACCAGUGUGGUGUGUCGUUCACUCAGAAGGGCAACCUGUUGAGACACAUUAAGCUGCACACGGAGGAGAAGCCCUUCAAAUGCCCCUUCUGCAGCUACGCCUGCCGCCGUCGUGACGCACUCACAGGCCACCUACGCACACACUCAGUGGGCAAACCACACAAGUGCAACUACUGUGGGCGGAGCUACAAACAGAGGAUUUCAUUGGAGGAGCAUAAAGAGCGUUGCCAUAACUACCUUCAGAGUGUUGCCAUGGAUCCCACCUCCAUCACCGGACCUUAUCCAGGUGAGGUCCCUAAAGAGCAGAGGCCCCUGGCCGAGGCUGUUGCCAGGGCAACCUUCGACCGCCCACCAGUCAUCGAGAGACUGCAGACUAACAUGGGGAAGAGGAAGAGCACCACCCCACAAAAGUUUGUGGGUGAGAAGAUGAUGUGUUACAGUUACCCAGAGCUGAGCUAUGACAUGAGUCUGAAGUAUGAGAAGGAGGCAGAGCUGAUGCAGGCUCACAUGAUGGACCAGGCUAUCAACAACGCCAUCUCUUACCUGGGCUCUGACUCCCUGAGAUCCCUGGUCCACCACCCCCAUCCGCACGGUCCACACGGUCCACACCCAUCACUCUCAAUGGCUGAGGUGGUAAACAUGGGCAACCCCCUCUUCCACCACGUCUACCCCAUGGAACCAGGGCCAGGGCACCGUAUGAACCGACCAAGCAGCCGGGACGCCCCACCUCAUCCUUCACCUCUGCACCCUCCUCUUCCUGACUUUACUCCCUCCUCCAACGGGCCCAUCGCCCUCACCAGACCCAAGCAGCACCAGCUCCAGGGUACCAGAGAGGAAAGAGAGUGUCCUAGCAACAGUGGGCUGGACUCGGCCGAAUCUGCACGGAGCAGCCCACAGGAGAGGCUGGGUUACCACAGGAACCACCGAAACAACCCCCACCCCCGACCCAGGUCCAGACCCAGCCCAGCCAAUGGCGGGAGAGAGGAGGAACAAGGUGGGGCUGAGGUGGGUGGGUUGGGGUUGACAGCGGAGGUGGCCCGGGGAGAGGCGGCAGAGACGAGUCGGGACGGGGUGCGUGUGUUUGGGCGAGAAGGCCGGGAGGUGAGGGUGUUCCAGUGUGAGCACUGCUGUGUUCUCUUCCUGGACCACGUUAUGUACACCAUCCACAUGGGCUGUCAUGGUUACAGGGACCCGCUGGAGUGCAACAUAUGUGGCCACCACAGUAAGGACCGCUACGAGUUCUCAUCUCACAUCGUCCGCGGGGAACACACCUUCCAGUAGAGGGCUGGACAAGACAGGAGCCGUCCCUCCCCAUCCCCACCCCAGGACUGUGAUGUUGAACUAACUGUAUGUGAUCAAUGCAGCGAACCAAGGCAGAGAAAACUAACUAACAUUUGCUGCAGCAUAAUGAUACUGACUAUAUAAUUCCAAACAAAUAUAUGAAGGUCUGGGACAAAUACACAUUUUCAUUUUUUAAGGUGUUUUGAAGAUUUUAAAGUUGAGAUAUGCAUCUGAAGUGAGAGAUUUCUUCGUGUGGGAAAAAGAGGACAAAGAACAAGUACACCUAUUCAGUUUUGUUGUGGUCUGUCUCUGAGAUUGUCAAAGAGCAACUAAUACUGUGAGUAGUUAUAUUAUAGUUUUAUAAGUCGUUUCACUGUCCUUGUCUUGCAUACUGUAUUGUUGCACUUGUUUGCUGCAACACAGACUGCCAUGGAAGAGCUCUACUUGUCAAGGGGGCUUUCCCUGACUCCACCAACCAAACCAUUUCAUGCAAUACACAUCUUCUCUGUCUUAUGUCAAAAGCCUUGCUAACUGCAAACUGUUCAGACGUGUUGUCACACCAGCCACAUUAGAGAGGGAGAGAGAGAAGAGAGAGAGAAAGAACAAGAAA